AUGCACCAUUGGAGUAGUGGAACUAUAAUUUUUGGCACGGCGUCUGGUGGGCGAUUCGACUUGGAGUUGACAACGUUCCAAAUGGCCGUUUUGUUUUCAUGGAACGAUCGUGCUCAUGAAAAGAUUUCUUUUGAAUCACUUCGAUUGGCAACCGAGCUACCUGACACGGAGUUGGCCAGAACACUCUUCUCUUUGGUUGCUUACCCAAAAAUGAAGUACCAACUUCUGCUAUGCGACGCCCCAACCCCUUUGAAUCCACGUGAUUUCACGGACUCAACUUUAUUCUACAUCAACCACGAUUUCCGAUUAAUUAAGAAUGGCAAAGAACAACAUCGAGGAAGGAUUAAUUUGAUAGGCCGGUUACAGUUGUCGAUGGAGUCGUCCGCCACGAAAGAACACGAGGAUAUAAAUGGCAAAGAACAACAUCGAGGAAGGAUUAAUUUGAUCGGCCGGUUACAGUUGUCGAUGGAGUCGUCCGCCACGAAGGAACACGAGGAUAUAAUAAUGAAAAUGCGUAAGACGAUAACGUCAGCUCAACUCCAAACGGAACUUGUGGAAAUGCUUAAACCUAUGUUCAUACCAAAUCGGAAGUUGAUAAAAGAACAAAUUGAUUGGCUCAUUGACAAUCGAUUCAUUGAACGAAAGGAUGACGAUAUCAACACAUUUGUGUAUGUUUCCUAG